AUGGCUAUACCACCGGGAAAGAAUGAUAGCAAAUCCAAUCAACAUGCCGCUGGUGCUCGAUUUCGUCAACGGAAAAUUUCCGUUAAACAACCGUUGUCCAUAUAUAAGCAAAGCGAUCUACCGACACUAGAUGGUUCGGAUUUAGAACCAAGUCAGAUACACCAUUUGAAUUCAAAUAACAUAGGACAACCUCCACGAGAUGUUCAUGCCGUUGAAACAGGUGUUGAUAAAAACGAGGAGGAGGAGGUGCAUUUGCAGCAAGUGAUCAAUGCGGCUCAAAAAGCAUUAUCAAGCGCAAAUGCAGGAAAAGCGAAUGAGGUGUACAUUCCGACACCAGACGCAUCCAAGAUAUGGACUGAAGCUGCAAAGUAUUACAAGGAUCAAAAAUUUAAUGAACCUGAAACGUACAUCAAGUUUAGUGCCACGGUUGAGGAUACGGUUGGUGUUGAGUACAACAUGGAUGAAGAAGAUGAAAAGUUUUACAAUGAAGUAUUAUCAAAAAUUCAACCUCCACCAGGAAAGAAGAAGCAUGACGAUCUGGCAAAGUGCACGGAAUUGGAAUUUGAAACCAUAUGCGAUAGAUUGGAAAAAACAAUUGAAGCAAGGCAACCCUUUUUAUCAAUGGAUCCAUCUAACAUUUUGUCUUAUGAAGAGAUGUCCAAGUAUAUUAUCGAACAAUUUGAGAGCACAAUCAAAACAAGUAAUCCAUAUAUAGAGUCCAGCGGCGGUAAUUUGGAACACUUAUCGACAACAACACUCAAAGAACGACUAUCUAAAGAGAUCAACUACAAACCUUUUACAACCCUCUUUGAUAGGGAUCAAGAGCAUACAACCCAAGUACGACCAAUACCCAAAUUAUUAGAAUUUUUUGGGAAGCCUAUAUACGACCACUGGGCUUUAAGAAAGAUUGCGAGAAAGGGCAAAUCAGUUCAUCCCACUCUUAGAUUUGAAGAUCCUAACGCUAACGAAAAAGAUAAUGAAAAUGACCCAUAUAUCUGUUUUAGAAGGCGUGAGUUUAGACAGGCACGGAAAACUAGAAGGGCUGAUACAGUUGGAGCAGAAAGAAUUCGUUUGCUACAAAAGUCUCUUCAUCGUGCCAGAGACUUGGUCAUGAGUGUUUGUGAACGAGAAAUUUUGAAUUUACGAAAUUUGCAGGCUGAAUUUGAUAUAUUCAAAACUCGUUUUGAAGCUAAACAAGUUAAAAGGGAAUUAGGAAUAAAGGGUGAUGAUUACUUGUUUUUUCCACAUAAGAAGAGAAAAGUUAUCAAACCCAAGGAGGACGAAGAGGAGAAGGAGAGGAAAAGGGAAAAGAGGAAACAGGAGCAAGAGCAUGCCGCAAAAGCCCAUCAUCAUCAACAACAGUAUGCCUUGCAACAACAGAAUGCAAGCCAACAAAAUCAACGCGACGGAACAUCGACAAACCAGCCUUAUGUCAAACUACCACCAUCAAAAGUUCCUGACAUGGAUCUUGUUACGGUUUCAUUAGUUUUGAAAGAAAAAAACGAGACCAUCAAACGCGCAGUAUUGGACAAGUUACGUAAAAGAAAGGAACAGGAUAGAGGAUUUGUGAAUGUCACCGACGACCCAUACGAACCGUUUUUUGAUAUAUCCACUAAUGACAAGUUGGUCGAACCAAGUCACAUACCAUAUUCAUCUAUUGCUGCAACCAACUUUCAUCAGUUUAACACCUCAAAUUACCUAAAUGAGCCUUUGAAAGCUUUAAUAGAGGACAACAAGUCAAUACCUGGCGUACGCACAUUCAAAGGUUCCAAUGGAGAGCUAAUACCAACAAAAGCUUUCCCCAUUACUUCGGCACUUUUACAAGAAAAAUUCACAAACAACAAGUUCAACUCGCCCAGUUACAUUGCACAGUUGUUGCAGGACAUUGAGAAUAACAACUACGAUCACUAUAUUCACGGUUUCAGCAAGGAGAGUGCCAUUGAAUCAACAAGGGAUGCAGAAGAGAAUGCUAAGUUUUCAGAGCCAAUAUUGAGGUUACGAAAGCGAGUUGGUAGAGGGGGUCGUGUUUUCCUUGAUAGACGCGGCCAAACCACUACCGAUGUUGUUGAUGAAUUUAUGGAUUUUUCUCAAAUAUGCGAGGACGAGGAAGAAGUGCCCAAUGUUUAUGACAGCAAGGUAGACGAGUGGAAACGUUUAAGAUCAAGGUGGAAGUAUGACACUGAUCUACUGGAAUCACAGAAGGGAGCACUUGACCCUUUUAGUCUCGAUCCGUCGAAGCUCAAUAAUAUUAGCGACGACACUCAAGCCAUCAGAUUCGGAUCAAUGUUGUUAUCUAAGUCGUAUGGACUUUUAAAAGAGUCUAUUCAACAAAAGCAACAAUCCUUUAUGCACCUGGCGCGUAUGAGAGCUCUUCAACAACAACAACAACAACAGCAACAACUUGCGAAUCGACAAGCCCAGGCUCAAGCUCAAGCUCAAGCUCAGCAAAAGCAAUUGAAUCAUCAAUUUGGCAAUGAGCACGUGCCAUCAUCAUCUCCCAACCAGCAAAAGCUGAAGCGGACAUUGUCAGAACGGAAAAAUACUUCAAACUCAGUCAAUAAUUCCAAACCUCUUUCUCCAGCUCAAAAUUCAAUCAACAAACUGGCAGGACAUGUUUGA